AUGCGCAACGCAGAACUGGAACACCUGAUACCCGCACCAGAAGCACACUCACUCCCCACAUUUGAGGAGUUGUCUUUGGCAAAUGAGGAUAUCGAGAGCGAAGACAGCGCUGAGAUUGGAGAUGAAGUGAAGGAAUGGGGCACAUCAGAUACACAAAGUUAUGCACAGAGUAGUACACAAAGCAAUAUACAGGGUAACACACAAAACAAUACACAGGGCAAUACACAGAGUAAGCCGGCAUCGGUUGCUCAUAGCGACACAGGAGGGCUACAUAUCAGGGGUAUGGGUACCACCACCUCAACAGAGAAGACAGGCGGGGGGAAAGCACCCCCCCACACACCCCAAGACACACCCACCCAACAACAGCCAUUGCUCUAUGGAGGCUUAGAGAGGGAGAAUGGGCCGUUGCGGGUGAGCCUGCCUGCGAGUGCGAGCAAAGCCAUGAUACCCCCCGCGUACGACAAGGUGCACACACGCUCGACAGCGACCUAUACAGGCACAGUGGUAGACUUUGCGGCGACGGAUAGAGAUGUGAGAUCUACCUCGAAGGAGACGCAUACAUCAACUGCGUACUCAAAUCCAGCGGUAGACAGAGUAGGUAGGCGUUUGGCGGCAGUAGCGCCGGUGGACGCGGGUGCUAAGGCAAAUGCAGACACAGCCCUGGCGCGGUCUCGGUCGGGGUCUGGGUCUAUACUGCAAGCCAUUACCAAGCGAGCGCAACGGCUGACUACGGCUAGAAACCACCCCCGCACAUACAGUAACAGUGAGGCGAACAACACAGCGAGAAGCUGUGCCACGGACACGGGGUCGGGUACUGAUGCCGGACACAUGCUGGAGAUGCAGGACUUCACCCCGGCAGGCGAUGGAAGUGUGCCACAGUCAGAGACGGAGAGUGGUGAGGUGCAUCACGCACGGACUGGUAGUACGGGUGGGAUUGGCAUAGCGCAGAUAGGUGGCGGUGGGGUAGAGGAUGGAGGUCGUGUGAAGGGUCGUAGUCAUGGAGUGGGUACGCGAAGAGACGUGAGGGGCAAACACAGCCGCACAAAGUCUCUCAACGCACUGCAAAUCCUCAAGAAGACUGUCUUGUCGGAAGGAAACGGACAAGACACUGCGUGA